AGCCUUGAAUAUAAUUGAUACCAGUUUGACAACUUUUUCGUCCAAACCACGCCUACGACAUUGUUUUUCAGUCCUCACCAUUAAAAUUGUCCAGUCAAGUACUCAGUUGUACGUCUGUUCACUGAGAUUGUUUUUCAGUCUUCGACAUAAAAUUGUUCCCUCGAGUCGAGUAGAGACAGAAGACAAGAUGAAGACCCUUCUGGUACUGAUCGCCGUGGCUGUGUUUGCAACAGUGACCGGUAGACCGGCAGAGGGCGACCCAGAGGAUCUCUCUAGGUGGGAUGUGAUCAAGCUGGCCAACAAGAGGGUUCGGGCACAGGAGGAAGCGAUCGGCCAUCAGCUGGAUAACGGCGUGAUUCUGGACGCGGUUAUCGAGGGCAUGAGGAAAGUCAACGGAGGAAGUACUGAUGGUGACGGUUCUAACAGGAGGGAGAUUAUGAAGGACUUUCUUAACAACCAUGGGGAAGGACUUGGCCAGAAGCUGGAGGGUGAGGAAAACCAGAGAGGCCUUGUUGUCGACACUUUGCUGGAUAAGGGGAAUGCGCAGGCCGAUGGAGACCGAAAGUGAAGAAAACAAUGGGUAGCGAGGAAAGUAACUGCAUGGCCUAACCACACACGCCUGCGACCGAGACUAAUGGCUUUGAUUUGUAGCGAAAUUUCUAACUUUUAUUACCAUAGAUUAUAUUCUCCCUUGUGAUAUGUAUGAGUUCCUAUACCUAGUGAAAUUGGUGAGAAACUUUAAGCAAAUGUCCACAUUUCUGUUCCGAACACGUAAAUGGUGAUAUCAUAACUUGAAGUGAAAAAAAAUCGUUUCUUGCAUAGUCGAUUUUUAAAGAAUAAUACUGAACUAAACAUGACCCAAUCAAGUCCACAGCUAAAUUUUUCUGAUAGUCCAAACGGAAUUCUGUUACGUAGUUUUCAAUUUGUUUCUUAUUCACAAAGGUGUUCUUGACGGAAAGAGCUACAGUGAAGAAAUGUCUAAAGUGAAAAAUGCCAGUUUAAUUC